UCGUCAUACUAGAAAUCCUUGAAGUCUUUUGUACCCUUGUGAAAACUAAUACCUAUCAUGUGUCCUUUUAAUUCGAAACAUAUAGCAGGCAUUUAACAAUCAAAACCCCCCUCCUUCCCCCCGAAAAAAUAGGGUGGCUGUUUCUCUUUUGUACCCCGUAUCAUUCAUCUCCUUUGGCUUGCGAAUAAUAGAAAAUACAGAUGAUGAAAGUCGGGAAGUGUUUAAGGCUUUAAGCAAUAACUUAUAUUGGGGAAUCAACGAAUAUAGGAAGAAUUAAUAUAAUGCAUGAUUAAAUUGCCUCCCCCUCUCCCACACACACAGUGACAAAAACAACAAUAGGUGAUUUCUUCUUAUCUUUCUAAGCCUGGGUGUGCGGAGUUACUGGGUACCUAUGCGAGUGGGAGAUAGCAAGUAGGUUCCUGGUGGAACAGUCAGUGUUAUUAAAGGCGAGCGCCUUCUCGCCUUUGGCGAGAGGCGAGGCAAGGCGUGGCUGCUGCGCCUUUCAUGGCCAUGGCGAGCAGACCUUCAAAAGGCGCGCCAAUGGCGAGAAAGGCGCUAAUGGCGCAUGGCGAGGCGAGCUGGAAAGGCGAGGCGACCAGAAUUUAAAAAAAAAACAAUUAAAAGAAGUGGAGGACUUAAAUAAAGUGGAGGACUCUUUUCAUGUCCCCUUUUUCCGUUUUGUUGUCUGACACUAAUUUGUUUUCUUUAUUUAAUAAAUAAAAGCUCCACUAAGUUCUUAGUGGAAAGUUUCAGGUAUGUCUCUUUCUCCUUCUUGUUUUUCUUCAGUUCUUCUUCUUUCUUCCUCCUGUAUUUUCGACUUCUGCUUCUUCGUCUGUUCUUCUUCUUUCUUCUUCUUUUUUUUCCGGCGACAAUUGGCCUAUUUCCGGCCACCUCUGGUUUUUUUUUUCCUUCUUCUAUUCUCUUCUUCUUUUUCUGUUUUUUCUCCUCUGUUUUUUUACCCUCAGUUUUUUUCACCUCUGUUAAUUGCUCUAUUUUUUUCUCCUCUGUUUUUUUUUCUCUGUUUGGACCAGUGAGACAGUGGUUGUUUUGCUCCUAUUUUUUCUGUUCAAUAAUUGUUUAAAUUUUGUUAUACAAUUAUAAACAGUAGGUUCAAAUUCAAUGGAAUCGUCGGACACUAGCAAAAAAGACAUAGGUUGGAAUUAUGGUGCCAAAGGCCCAACAAAAGAUUCAGUCACAUGUAUCUUUUGUCGAGAAACUUUCAAUGGCGGAAUUACUCGACACAAACAACAUUUGAUUGGUGGUUACAGAAAUGUAAAAAAAUGUGGAACUUGUCCUCCUGAAAUUAGGGAAGAAGUAAAAAAGUAUGUUGAAAGUAAACAGUUGUUAAAAACUCAAAUGUUGCACCAACCAUCCUUGGCUAAUUUCUCUGAUGAAGAUGAUGAAAUGAGGCCUCCUCCCUCAAAAACACAAAAAAUGUCAUCCAAUGCAUCAUCCACGGCACGGACUGCCAAUGUGAAAGGUCCCAUGAAUCUUUAUUACCCGCAAACAUCAAAGGGGAAGGGAAGCAGUAGCACGGCAGCGUCUGAUGCAUCCAAGAAGUUGCUAAGAGAUCGCGCUGUAAGUGCUUUUGCAGUAUGGGUAUAUGAUGCAGGGCUCCCUUUUAAUUGUGUAAAUCACAAAAGUUUUGAUAAAUACAUUGAGGCCAUAGGACAAUAUGGCCCAGGAAUGAAACCUCCUACCUAUCACGAAAUUAGAGUUACUCAUCUAAAAAAAGAGGUGGAGAAGAUAGAUGAGAUUAUUGAGGAACAUAAAUUGAUAUGGACAGAGUUUGGGUGUUCAAUUAUGAUGGACAAGUGGACAGCACGAAAUGGAAAAAUGAUCAUCAAUAUUUUGGUCAAUUCUCCAUUAGGUGGUGUGUUUCUUGGGUCAGUCGAUGCUAGUGAUGAAUCUACAAAUUCCACCAAGAUGUUCAACUUGUUUGAGAAGACUAUUAAGCAAAUUGGACCGGAAAAUGUUAUACAAGUUGUUACCGAUAAUGCUAGCGAGAAUGUUAAAGCCGGUGACAUGAUAAUGGGUGUGUACCCGCACAUUUACUGGACUCCAUGUGCUGCCCAUUGUAUCAAUUUGAUGUUUGGUGACAUCUUCAAAAUAAACCCGUAUGCUUCAGUUUUUCAGAAGGCCAUUAAGAUACAUUCUUACAUAGCAAUGAGACCAUUGUUGUUGAACAUGAUGAGAAGAUAUACAAACCAAAGAAAUUUGGUGAAACCGGCUAAGACAAGAUUUGCAACGGCCUUCUUAACUUUGCAAUCUUUUUACAUGCAAAAGAAAAACUUGAGAACUAUGAUCUUCUCAACCGAAUGGACAGAAAGUAGAUUUGCAAAGGAACUUUUGGGAAAAGAAGUUGUCAGACAUCUUACUUCUACAUCUUUUUGGAAUGAUGUUGUUAGGGCACUUAAAGUUGGUUCACCUUUGAUAGUAGCGCUUCGCUUGGUGGAUGGAGAAAAAAAACCAUCAAUGGGCUAUAUUUAUGAAGCAAUGGAUAGAGCCAAAGAAGCUAUUGAAAAGGGUUUUCAUGGUGAUCGGAAGCAAUAUGAGAAAGUUUUCGAAAUCAUUGAUCGGUGGUGGACGGACCAACUUCAUAGACCUUUGCAUACAGCAGGCCAUGUUUUGAACCCGGGAAUGUUUUACGCUAAUUAUCAAAAUAAGACUUUAUCAACAGAAGUGUGGAAUGGUUACUUUGAAUGUGUUAAUAAGAUGGUCCCUAAUGCAACACAAGAUGCUCUCAUCAAAGAGCUUCAUAUGUAUAAAAAUGCAUUGGGGACUUUUGGUAUGCCUCAGGCUAUAAGAAACAGAGACAAAACAUCCCCUUCUGAAUGGUGGUCGGUAUUUGGUAAUCAUACUCCAAACUUGCAACAGCUUGCCAUAAGAGUAUUAAGUUUAACUUGUAGUGCAUCCGGAUGCGAGAGAAAUUGGAGCGUGUUUGAACAUAUUCAUACCAAAAAGAGGAAUAGGCUUGAACUAUCGCGUCUCAACAAUCUAGUGUACAUUAAGUACAAUAGAACAUUGAGACGUCGUUAUGAUGUUGGCGAUACCGUUGAUCCAAUUCUGUUGGAUAAUAUUGACGAAGCAAAUGAAUGGUUAAUUGGAUGCCCCCAAAAUGAAGAAGAGGAACUAGUAUACGAGGGAUGUGAUCUUGAUUGGGGUACUGUUUCUAGGGCGUCUGGAGUUGAGGAGAAUAUCUAUAGUCUUAGGGGUGGUUCUUCAAGUUCAAGGUCACAUAACAAGGGCAAAAGAGUAGCUACUAUUGCUACAAGCUCACUUCGGUCUCGGUGCUUAAUUGAUGAAAACUCCGAGUCCGUGACCGAGACCGAGCCCGAGCUCGAGGAGGAAGAAGAUGAGGAGCAAUAUAAUGUUGAGAAUCUUGGAUAUCAAGAAUUUGGAAAUCUUGAAGAUCUUGAAUUUGAAUAGACUUUUAGUAUUGCACUAUUGCUUUAAUUUUAGUAUUGCUUGUCUUGUCACUUAUGAAUUAUUGAGUCAUUGACUCGUUCAAGUUAUGGACUUUUAGUAUCUACUAUCUAUUUUUAAUUUUUGAAUUGAAAUAUUUGCUAAUUUGUUAUUGCUAGUGAGAUUUUGAUUAUUUACAUAUGCAAUUAAAUAUUUUAAUUUUUUGGUAUUUAUUGGCGCCGCCCUUCAAAAAGGCGAGCGCCUCGCCGCGCGCCACGCCUUAAGGCGAGGCAGGCCCUUGUCGCCUUUAGUCGCCGCGCGCCGUCCAAAACACUGGGAACAGUUGAGGUGCACACAAGCUAUCCGGACACCAUCACUAUAGAAUAUGUGAGCAUUGAUGUGAAUAAUAUAUUGUCUAUAUAUGACCAAGUAACAAAGAUAUUCGUUAGUUGGGUAAUCUCUUCUAGUUUUUGUCAUUAGGAAGUUAGUCAAACCCAUUGAAGACAUCAAUGCUGCAUUUUUUUCUGAACAAACUUAUUGGAAGUUGUUUCCUUUAUCAUUUUUUUUUUCGUACCCUGCGAAAACUGCUACAUCAAAAGAUAAAAAGGACCUUAUCAAAACUCAAAGAUCACAAAAAAUUCUACUAUAUUGAUGGGCACGUUAUGUUUUCUGAUUUCUCAUAAACUGGCAUAUAGAAUUGCACAAAAGAGUGGUAUAGAGAUUAUGCCCAAGAAGUUUGUCCUCUGAAUUAGAAGUGUACUUGGUUUCUCUCAUUCGUCAUAGUUGUAGUAUUGUAGCCUUGAUGCCCCAUAGUUGUGGUCUUUGCAAUUUGCUACUCUAAGAUCAUGUCUCCCAGUUGUAUUACUUCAAGAAAAUAUUUAGUCAACCAGCUAUGCUUCAAUUCCGAUCUAGUUAGGAGUCGUUAUUUGAAUUCUCUGUAUAUCAGCUUUAUUCAAGUCCUUUUUAUUAUAGUACUCAAUAUUUUGUCUUAUAAGGCAAAUUAGGACUUCUCUAAAACUACUAGUUCUCUCAAUCACAAACUUAUUUUACGUUGACAUACAACUCCUAACUAAAUGCAAAGUACUCCUAACAAACUCUAAGUCUAAUGUAAGUUUAACAACAAUUAGUUAGUAAACCCAACUAGGUAGUGUUGCUUAUCUGCAUUCUGUUCUUAGCUGAUUCUACGUUAAUUUCAAAAAACGGAAAAGGUCCAAAAAUACGCUUAAUGUAUGGGAAAUGGCUCACAAAUACCCUCCAUUCACCUAUUGGUCCAAAAAUACCCCUCCAUCCACCUAUUUGGUCCAAAAAUACCCCCAACCUAUUUUUUUGCUCAAGAAUACCCCUCAAACUAACGCCCUAAUUUUGAUGAUAUUUUUCCAAUUUUAAAAUGCCACUUUUGAUUGGCCACAUUAAACCCCACCCAUUUAAUCAAACCCAUUUUGUAACUUAAACCCUCCUCUCUCUCUUGCUCUAUAUAUAUAUAUAUAUAUAUAUAUAUAUAUAUUGUGGCCAUACUUGCAAGCAUAUCUGAUGAGCAACCAUGGGUAAUGAGCCGGCAUUGAUGUACUCAAAGUUACUGUAAGAAGAGCAACUAGAGUUCUCCCAAGAAGGAAACUACCUAAUGCCACAUGAUAGUUCGAAACUUACUCUCCUAAGAGACUAACACAAGAGAGAACGCAGACUAUCAAAUAAUACCUGGACUAGCUCACUUACGGGAACAUCAUUUCCGAUGAAUUAUUUAUCAGAACAGUUAAUACUUGAAAUUCAAUUUCAACAACUUCUUUUUAUCAUCAUGCACUAACAUAAAAGGUUAUAUGCAACAACUCGGGCAAUUUGAACAAAAACUUGUCUAAGGAAUUAAUUAGCUCAACAGCACCUACCCGAUUUUAAAUAUGCACCAAUGCAAGUUCUUAAUUCUUGGCAAAAAAAUUAUAGGCCUUUUUAUUAAGCUUCCAUAACAUCAAAAUGGCCACAAUAUAUCAUAAACCAAAACUCGAAAAAAUCAAGAUAAAUCAUGCGACAUUGAUGAUCGAUAAUUCGAGCACUGGAUGUUGUUGGGAGUGAGAAUGAAAUGUGGAUUUAAAAAAAUGGGUCAACGGGUUUGGGUUUCAAAGUUGAUGGGGUUUAAUUUUUAAAUUAAAUAAUAUAUGUGGCCAAUCAAAACAAGCCACGUGGCAUUUUAAAAUUGGAAAAAUACCAUCAAAAUUAGGGUGUUAGUUGGAGGGGUAUUCUUGAGCCAAAAAAAAUAGGUUGGGGUAUUUUUGGACCAAAUAGAUGGAUGGAGGGGUAUUUUUGGACCAAUAGGUGGAUAGAGGGUAUUUGUGAGUCAUUUCCCAUACGUUAGGGGUAUUUUAGGACCUUUUCUGUUCAAAAAAUUAUAGGUCUUUUAACAUAAUUUUUUCCCUAUGAUUUUAGGUAUUCCUCAUCUUUUUCUAUAGCACUUUUAAUCACCAUAGUUUGUCCUAUAGGUUUGUUGUAAGAUUUGGCUAUCUCAUGUUAUCUUCAAUGUGUGCUACUUCCACCUACUAUUAAAUGUAAUUAUUUCUAAUAUUGUCCAACUUGUAUGAUUGCACAUGCAUCUAGGAUCUAUCUAUACUUUUACAAUAUUAUGUCAAUAACUUCAUACCUGACUCUUUGACUUUUCUCCUAGAUGUUAUGAUGUUACUUCUUUUGUGGUGUCUUAAGCAUUACUUUGUCUUGUCAAUUAAAUCCAAUCCAUGUUUCAACAUGUAAUCCUCCUCAUAUUCUCUGU